UUUAGUUUUUAUACUUCCCUUCCUACAAAACACAUACCAAAACCAAAUUCCAUAAUUACCUUUCUCUAACUUCCCAAAAAUGGAAUCCAUUGGAUCUAGUUCCACCCCUUCCGACCACCACCACCAUCGUCAUCGCCGCCGUUUGGCGCCAACACAACCACUCGCCGACAGAAUCAUUCGUGCAGUCAGCCACCGUCUCCAACUCCUCCACCACUACGACACCACUUUCUUUAUCUUAGGUGCAACUGGAAAUGUAUACACCGUUAACCUCUCCACCACCCCAUCAUGCAGCUGUCCUGAUCGAACCACUCCAUGCAAACACCUCCUAUUCGUGUUCAUCCGCGUAUUGGGUGUCUCCAUCGAUGACACGUGUCUUCUCCGGCGAACUCUCCGCCCAUGCGAGCUCCAAGGUCUUCUCAGCUUACCCAUCUCACCUGAAUCACUAGCAAACCCUAAUGUUCGAGAAAGGUUUCACCAACUAUUUUCUCAAGAACGGUCAAAAUAUACGCCGUUGAAAAUAGAGAUAGAGAACGGUGUAACGUGUCCAGUGUGUUUGGAAGAAAUGAACAAGGAAGAAAGAGUGGCAGCUUGUAGGACUUGUAGGAAUCCGUUGCAUGAAGAAUGUUUAAUGCAAUGGAAGAGAAGUAACAGAAGAAGAUCCAUUAGCUGUGUGAUAUGCAGGGCAAGGUGGAGGGAUGUGAGGGCUGAACAAGAAGACAAGUACUUGAAUUUGUCUGCUUAUAUUAGCGGUGACGGUGUCAUGCAUGUGGAAGAUCGGCAGAGCCAUUGUGGGGGUUAGGCCUUCAAUAAUUAUUAUUGCAGGAUUUGAUCAGUUGUAACGUUGUAUAUAACUGCAAAAGUAUAUUCAACUAUUAUUAGAGGGGGUAAAAUAUAAGGUUCUUACUUUUAUAAGACUACCACCAAAGUCAAAAUACUGAUCCUUAGGGGUCUUUUGGUUGAAAACAAGUUAUCCCAGAUAACUUACCUCAGUUAUUCCGGAAUUAGUUAUUCCAUCCUCUCACAGAAAUAAAAUACGGGAUUAGCUAUACCACCAUUUUAUUCCAACCAAGCGUGGAAUAAAUUCAUCUCAAAUAUAAUUCCGGGAUUGUUUAUCCUUAUCUCUUGUACCAAAUGAGCCCUUAAUAUUUCUCAACAAGUAUAUACUUAUAUUUAGGUGA